GUACUGCGGGUGGCCAUGGCGGCCGUCAGGGUCCUGGUGGCGCCUAGGCUGGCGGCGGCCUCCGUGCUCGCGCCGCUCCCCGGCCGCCUGCGGUUGCUGCCCCCCGGCAGGCAGGCGCUCUCCCCGCGCGCGGCUCUCCACGGCUCCGCGCCGCGCCCCGGAGCCAGGGUCGCGCUGGUUCUGUCCGGAUGCGGCGUCUACGACGGGACCGAGAUCCACGAGGCCGCAGCGGUCCUGGUCCACCUGAGCCGCGGUGGUGCCGAUGUUCAGAUCUUUGCCCCAGAUGUGCCACAGAUGCAUGUGAUUGAUCACACCAAGGGGCAGCCUUCUGAGGGAGAUACCAGGAACGUUCUGACAGAAUCAGCAAGGAUUGCUCGCGGCAAGAUCACUGACCUGGCCCAGCUCCGUGCAGCUGACCAUGAUGCUGCCAUCUUGCCUGGAGGAUUUGGAGCAGCUAAAAACCUGAGCACGUUUGCCGUGGACGGGAAGGACUGCAAAGUCAACCAGGACGUGGAGCGUGUGCUGAAGGAGUUCCACAGCGCUGGGAAGCCCAUCGGCCUCUGCUGCAUUGCACCUGUCCUUGCUGCGAGGGUGCUGCAUGGCAUAGAGGUCACCGUGGGCCACGAGCAGGAGGAAGGUGGCAAGUGGCCGUAUGCUGGGACUGCAGAGGCCAUCAAAGCCCUGGGUGCAAAGCACUGCGUGAAGGACGUGACCAUAUCCUUUUUGGCAGUUGGGGGCGGGAUCCCCAGGGCAACACGGCAUUGUCCAGGGUGCACACACUACCCACGCUUGUCUCUGAGAUCGUGGGUGCAGCACCUGGGGCUUCUUUGUCUUAGGGCUGCCCUUGGCAGGUGGCCUUUGAACUGAGUCUUGCUGAGGUGAUGCCCACCUGACAGCCGACCCCUGGUGCCAUGACAACACAGCUCCUGCCAGUGUCACAUGGACACUCAGGUCUCCCUGGAGCGGGUGGUCACUUUUACGCCAGUUCUGUGGUACUUGUUCAACAAGGGGUCGCCAUGAUUGGCAUGUUAGUGCUAAGCUUAUGAGACCAGUGCUAGCCCAUGAGGUGGCUGGCUUCUCUUCUGCUCUUGAGUGUUUGUGUGUCAGUCAGGGCUCUCUAGAGAAAGAGAACCAGUAACAUAUAUACUUAGAGAUUGAUUUAUUUUAGGGAAUUGGGUCAUGCCAUUCUGGGGACGAGCAUAUCCAGAAUCCGUAGGUCAGGCAGCAGGCUGGAGAGGCCUGUAGGCUGGUGUCCCAGAGUUCGAAGGUCAGACGAUAGGAAGAGUCAAGAGAGGAAGUUCCAGCAAAACGUCCGUUUAUAGUCUGGAGACAACACACCCUAGGGAAACUCCCUUUUUGCUCUUCAGGCUUUCAGCCGAUGGGGUGAGGCCCACCACGUGAUGGAGGGUAAUCUGCUUUACCUAAGGUUUAGUCACGUGUAACAGCUUGGACCAGUGUUUGACUGGACAGCUGGCUACCACAGGCUAGCCUAGUUGACACAUGAAAUUUACCGUGGCAGUACACCCGUCAGAAACUGAUUCUGUACUGGUUAAUAAAAUAGUGUGAAUAUCACAGAAAACGGAGCACUUUCAGCAAAGGGGCUCACACCAAGAAGAACUUCUGCCUGUUCGGAGUUACUCUGAGGACGAGGCUAAAAAGGCACCGAGUGGUCACUGGGGAGCAGG